UGCAUCCGAGACGUGUAUCUAUAAAACCUGCUUGGCUUUUUAUAACAGUGACUAUUUUGUGCUUUUCUGUGUGGUUGAAAGUGAAAAGUUCUCGCAAAAUAUUUUUAAUAGCCUAUUGUCUAUUGUUUUCUUAUAGCGUUCGCGCUUCAAGCGUGUUCCUUACGUCUUAUCGGUUAUGAACCACCUAACAUCAAAACGCUAAUCGAAUCUACGCUAGCUUUGAAAAUUAUUCUAUUAAGAAACCUUGUAAUUAUCAAUAAGCUUUCAUGAAUUAUUUAAUACUAUUUUCCUAAUAAGUAUGCUAAUUUCCUGGCAAGUAGCAUCGUGGCAUCAACCUUCAAUGUGUUCAGUGGAUGCAAAAACACGCUUUCAAUUAUUAAGCACUUCCCCACAACAAUCAGCUAUUAUCGGCUAGAAAAAUUACAACAGCUCGCUUGCUACAAUGCUAAAUAUCCAUUUUUUCCUUGGUACUGUUUGAUUACAAAAUUAUCGCAGCAAACUAUUUUGUGUGACCAUUCCGAUUAACUAGAAAACUGUUUAAUUGUGCACCCAGUUGGCAAUGGACUGCGUCGAUGUGUUGUGUUUAUUUUUCCAAAAAAAUGUUUGAUAGUGACAGUGAUUUUUGGGUUGGUCAAAGGAUUCAGAACUCUCAUACCAUCAUUUUCGAUGGUUCAAAUGGAACCGCACGAGCAUACAUGAACGGGCAUGCAAACGGUCAUGCAAAUAAAUUAGAAGAUAAACAGUCCACGCUCUCAAGAUAUUGUACAACCGAAAGAAGAAAAACGCCGUCUAGUUACAUAGCAAUCAAGCGGUCAUGCCGUGAAAAGGGUAUUUUAUAUGAAGAUCCAGAUUUCCCUGCUGCUGCCAAGUCCCUCUACCACCACAAGAAACCCAACUUGAGCCCCAUCGUUUGGAUGAGACCUCAUGAAAUUUGCCAAAGACCAAGAUUCAUCGAAGAAGCAGCAGCCGAUAGCGCCUAUCGAUUUUGCGUCGAAGCUGGCGAAUUAGGAGACCAAUGGCUCUUAUCCGCAGUUGCGUCUUUAGCAUUAACUCCGAAAUUUCUGGAACGAGUGGUGCCCAGCGAUCAGGGUUUUGAUGCUGGCCAUAACUAUUGCGGUGCAUUCAGGUUUCGAUUUUGGCACUUUGGCGAGUGGAGAGAAGUGGUGGUAGAUGACAAAUUGCCAACUCAUAAAGGAAGAUUAGUUCAUUUGCAGUGUUCAAAUUCAACGGAAUUUUGGGCUGCAUUAUUGGAGAAAGCUUAUGCCAAAUUUUAUGGAUCGUAUGAAAGUCUGUUAGCGGGUACGACCACAAAAGCGCUUCAGGAUUUAACUGGAGGAAUAGUUCAAAGCUUUGGACUAACCCACCAGGAUCGAUUUCUUACCUUCCAAGUUUUGAAUUCAGCAGUUCCACGAUCUAGUCUUUUAAUAGCCACAAUUAUACAAGAUAAAGACAGUAAAAGGCAACUAAGACUCAGAAAUGGCCUGAUCACGCAUCAUGCUUAUUCAGUAACCGGACUAGCAAGAGUAAGAGGCGCAUCGGGAGAAACGCCUUUGGUGCGUCUUCGAAACCCUUGGGCUCGAGGAGAAUGGACAGGAGCAUGGAGCGAAAGAUCGUGGGAAUGGGACGGCUUGUCGGCAAGAGACAAAGAAUUGUUAAGUGUGCGAGUAGCCAAUGAUGGCGAGUUCUGGAUGUCUUUUGAAGAUUUUGCCAGACACUUCACCCAACUUGACUUAGUCCAUAUUGGACCAGAUGACUGGAUGAUGGAGAACGCGCUACAUUCUAAACAACCCUGGAGGGCAGUAUUAGCAAGACGAAGAUGGCGGGCUGGGUAUAAUGCUGGAGGUGGGCCUUCUUAUACUGACACAACUUCAAUGAACCCCCAAUUUCGAGUUCAAAUUCCCAGAGCGACGAGCAACAAGUGCCACGUGGUGGUUUCUGUUACCCAGUGCUAUGAAACGAAUGUUACUGAUAUUAAAAAGAGGAAACCACUUUUUGCCAUAGGUUUUGCCGUUUAUGAAGUUCCUCCCAGCAUGCAAAGAUUGACGCCAAAUUUUGUAGCAGACCAGAAACCGCUAGAUGUUACCAACCAUUCUAUUGCCAGGGAAGUGGUCACAUUUUUUACGUUACCUCCAGGUGAUUAUAUCGUCGUUCCCCAGACUAAUAUACCAAACUUGGAUGGGAAGUUUUUGCUCAGGAUUUUAACCGAUGAACAAAGCAAUAUUUGGGAGGUUAACGAAGAUAAUAUGUUAAUAAAAAAUAUAGCUUUAGAAUUUUCGGACGAUUCCACAUCAGCACUUCAUAAAGAAGGCAAGUCGAUCCUACCGAAACUGUUGCUCAAGUACCCACCGGAAGUCGAUGCUAGUCAACUGCAAAAGAUACUAAAAUCCAAUUGGAAGUCUUACCUAUGCGAUAAACCCAGCUUAGAGCUGUGUAAAAGUCUGAUCAUGUUAAAAGAUUACAAUAUUAGUGGACGAAUCAGUUUAAUAGACAUCCCUGCGUUGAUUCACAUGCUUCAGUUUUGGAGGUUAGCUUUCCAAAAAUUUGAAAGAGGCCACAACAGCGGAAAAACUUCAAGUUACAACCUGAGAGCGUUGCUUUGGGAAGCUGGAUGUACUGUCAGCAAUAAAGUACUGGAAUGUUUGGUGUUGCGAUUUGCCAAAAACCGAAUUGUGACCACGGAAUCUUACAUCAUGGCACUGAUCCGAUUAUACUUAGCCCACGAGCGAUAUCACAAUUUGGAUACUAAAAUGAAAAGUAAUCCAAUAUCACUUGAAGAGAUGACUUUGAUGACCAUCUACUCAUAGUAUUUAGCAAGCUUUAGACUAAAAUAAAUUGUCCAAUUUAUGCCAAAGAAUUUUUUCGUGUAAUUAUACUUACUGGUAUGGUAAGCAAAUAAUACGGUAUUUGUAAUUUUUAAUAUGUAGGUACUUGUAUAGGAGUAUAGAGUACCAUUCCUUGUAAGUCAGCAAUAAUUUAUUAUUUAUUGAAAUGUGCAAUUAACUGAGUACCUUAGAUGUAACUAAUAAUUCUGAUUUGAAUCCUUGAAGACUAUGGCCAUAUAUUUUUAAAGUGGAUAAAAUAGCAGAAGAGCCCUGUCUUGAAGAAUUGUUCGUUGUGGCAACUAUUGGCAAAAACUUGUGAUUGUUUGUUGCCUGAAAAUAAAUUUUACUUAAUAAAAAUUAAUAAUACAAUUUA